AUGAAGCAAGAUCUCGAUACAGGUAAAAUCAUUGAGUGGCGAUCAGUCGUCACCCUCGUUGUUUUUGUUCUCACCAAUAUCAAUGUUCUUUUCCCUUUCCAUGUUCCAGUAUAUGUUCCAAAAAGCCUCUACAAUGGCUUCUUACACGCAUUGAGCAGCCUUCGAGUCAUUUCAACAAAAGAUGCGCCUAAGGACAACAGCAAGUCAUUUGUGAAGCUGAGAGCUCCGAUGAAUAUGGUCACUGCGCCUCUAAUCGCGGACCUAUUCCUACUUGCCAUCGGGGCAAUUGGGCGACGCGAGAUCCACGAUGGAACCAUCGGUACAGAUAACAUCGAUCCCCUGGACAUCAUGGUCUUCUUCAUCACCCUGGCUUACAUUGCUAUAUCAAUCGAUGCGUCUGGCCUUAUCCGAUAUCUAGCCUUCAGGGUCCUCAAAUGGGGUGGUAAAGCCGGGCCUCGACUAUUCUGCUACCUCUAUACGUUCUUCUUUAUGUUAGGAAGUUUUAUUGGAAAUGAUCCGAUUAUCCUCUCUGGAACGGCAUUCUUGGCUUACAUGACCCGAGUUUCGCGUAACAUAGUGCACCCGCGUGCGUGGAUUUAUACCCAAUUUGCAGUCGCCAAUAUUGCAUCAGCAAUCCUCGUCUCUUCAAAUCCAACGAAUCUCGUACUCGCUGGCGCCUUCAAUAUUAAAUUCAUCGCCUACACGGCGAACAUGGUGGUACCAGUGGUCAUUACUGGCGUCAUCCUUUUGCCUUUCUUGGUCUAUAUCAUCUUCGAGGAUGAUGCAUUAAUCCCUACUUCAAUUGAAAUCCACGACCUUCCUGACGAUGUGAAAGGCAAAAAGCCAGUCAAUCCAAAUAUCCCUUUCGCCAGAGGCCAUAUUGAUGACGAUGGGGCUGAUUUGGCUAAUAACGAGGAAGGAAAACUUCUUUCCUUGGAGGAGAUCAUGAACCCCUUCCUCGACAAAGGAGGCGCAGCAUUCGGUGCGGUUAUCAUGGCUGCGACUUUGGCUACGGUAUUAGCUUUGAAUGCUGCGAGCACAAAAACAGGGAAACAUCCCGUGUGUUAUGUCACCGCUCCAGCGGCAUUUGUCAUGUUUUGCUGGGAUAUUGCCUCGGGAUGGUAUCAUAGAAAGGAGACACGCAACAUCGCCCGCAAUGGCAGGAAAGAUGUCGAGACCACAAGGGCUGAAAGGGCUUUUCGAGAAGAGGAAUUUAGACGAGACUCCUUGGCCCAUGGCGCCCUGCAGAAAUCUGCUGUAGUUGAUUCUUCAACUUCUUCCUCUGACCAGAACAAUCUUCGCCAGAGUCAAGAUGGGGUUCUUCAGACCGAGGAAACACUAGAAGACUGCCACUGGAGUCACCUCCAAGGGGAUUGA